AUGGUCGCGACGUUUUCGCCGCACCGCGAUGCGGGUGGUACACUACAUCUACCGUCACACUCAGGCAUCCAUCACGUUGAUGCGAGCUCAGCCCUGCGCCAGCUGCGCCGGUCACUAUCACGAUCACCUUCCAAAAGCUCCAAUUUCUCACUUCUCGCCUCUCGGAAUCACUCGCCCUCCAAGACCGUAUCACCCUACGUUUCCUCGCCUUUGUCACCUUCACGGAGGUCGCCACAGAGUAACUUCGUGCUCUUCCCCAGUUCCUCCCACCAGUCACCAUUUGCUGUUCCCUACCCACCAAGUGCAAAGAUCUCGAGGCCGCCCAUGCGCCGCGUCCGAACUUCCCCUCGGAGCCCCAACAAACGUGCUUUGAACGUUUCGACCGAUCAGGGGAACGCCAAACCCGCCCAACCAGUGCCAACAUCGUCGGGGAUCGAGAAUUCGCUGGCCACCCCCGUGUUGAAUUUCCCGUCUGAUGACGAGACAUCAGAUGGAAAUGACGCUUCUACGUGCCCAGAAAAUACACUGGGACCUCGGCCAACACUAUCUCGAAUUGAAAAGCGACGAAGCGGAACCUUCGGCUCAUACCCGACUGUUAGCCCACUGAAGCGCAGCGACGGGAUCAUGAACCUGGAUCGCGCAUCCCGUGGCAGUCCGUCAGCAAAGAGACGGAGUGUCCACGCAGCCAAUCUCUCGGGAGACUUCGGUAUAUUCGAUGGGGAGAGCGCUUCGAAAACCCCGGAGCGGCCGAGGUCUCUCUCCCCAAGGGAGAGCGAUACGCCGCCGUUCCCCGUGCCUGCCGCCGCCGCCUUCAGUCCAUUUGCUACGAUCCCAAAGCGCUCGUCUUCUCUUAGACGGUCAACACUCCAGCAACGCCAAAGUGACCGCUCUCUGUUCGCACGGGCUAGGGCUAUGGACGAUUCACUAGAGGACUCAGAGGACCCAGAGGAACCAGAGAGCACAACUCCCCCCAGUGCGCGUCCUCGAUUGUACUUUGACAAUAUUUUCCAGAGCAGCCAAGAAAGUCCCUUCUCUCCACGUCCAGCGCCGGGCAAUUCUCUCUUCUCGACUGGAACUGCGAGUGCCCAAACCCGCCCACCGGCCCAUCCGCUUUCCAGGACCAUCACGCAGUCUUCAUCCAGCUCGAGUCUGGUAGACGACUCACCCACCCAUGAGCCGGUCCAUAAGACCGAACGCCCGAGAGAAGCGCACGAUUUCUCGAAGUCUCUCCCUGCUGGGGCUGCUCGGCCAGCCUUCAUGCGUCAGCUCAACCGUGAGGAUUCGACAUCUUCGACGGAUUCAUUUGCGACGCCGGAGAAUUACAAACUAGUCAAGCCCUUGCCAGCGGCAUUCAUGUCGACCGGUCUCAUUUCGAAAAAGAACCGCAAUGUGGAGGACCCCCAGGCUAUGUUGGGCUCCAGCAAGAACAUGCCCGAUACCCCCUGCAAGCGCCCAGUGAAUCUGUUCCCCAACGUGCAAAGACCACUGCCCGAGCAGUCAUUUGGGAAGUCAAUGUUUAUGGGCCAAGCAGACGCGGGGCCCUCUUCCCCCUUUAACCCGCCGAAUACACAGCCAAAACAAAAUCCAUUCGCGCGAGGUAUGGGGAUAUUCGGAAACACCUUCAGCAGGCCUGAAGCCUCGCGCCGUGGGAGCUUUGUGAGUGUCGAUGGCGACGACUGCAUGCAGUCUCAGUCGCCCUGCGGUCGGCUAGACAGCCAACCUUUGAGUGAAACCGAUUUCCCACCAACACCAACCAAACAAACAUUCUUCCCAUCCCGAACCUACCCCCCCGCGACGUCGCAGAUUGCCUCCCUCGAGCGACUGUCCGAAGCCAGGGGGAUGAACUCCAGCCCCCUCUAUGAGAGAUUCCAACGUGAAUCGCCUCGGACGCCGCGGGAGAAUUUUUUCCCCCCAGACCCCAGUGGCCUGUCCAUCUCGGCACCCGGUGACCAGCACGCCAUCAAACCAGACUUCAACUCCUCCAAUAUGCCGGCGACCCCAACUGGUCCCCGCGAUUCUUUUCUGCAGUCUGGAAAGCGGCCGAGCCUGCCGCUGAAUCUAUGCCACGCCCCAGACGUGGAUCCAAGCUUGACGUCGCGAUUUGAAGAUGUGGAGCUGAUCGGAACGGGGGAGUUUUCUCAAGUGUACCGCGUGGCCCGUCCCCACGGUACAUCGUUUUCCUCUGGGUUCCCGAGUGGGUCUAACACCCCCAAGCCCACCCCAGACCAAGUGUGGGCCGUGAAGAAGUCGAAACAACCUUACUCGGGGCUUAAGGACCGCGAGCGCCGUAUCCGGGAGGUAGAUGUGCUGAAGUCUCUGACUAAUUCGGACCACAUCAUUGCGUUCAUGGACAGCUGGGAAGACACCGGCCACCUUUACAUCCAGACGGAGUUCUGUGAAGAAGGAAGCCUCGAUGUAUUCCUUGCCCAAGUCGGGCUCAAGGCAAGAUUGGAUGAUUUCCGGAUCUGGAAGAUCUUGCUCGAGCUCUCUAUGGGCUUGAAACAAAUUCACGACAUGGGCUUUAUCCACCUUGAUCUAAAGCCAGCCAACGUACUCAUCACCUUUGAGGGCGUUUUGAAGAUCGCCGACUUUGGCAUGGCAACCCGAUGGCCGGCGGAGGAAGGCAUUGAUGGUGAAGGCGAUCGUGAAUACAUCGGUCCUGAAAUUUUGAUGGGCCGCUUCGAUAAGCCUGCGGAUAUAUUCUCUCUCGGUUUGAUCAUCUUUGAGAUUGCCGGUAAUGUCGAACUCCCCGACAAUGGUCUCUCAUGGCAAAAACUCCGAAAUGGCGACAUGAGCGACGUCCCCAGCCUCACCUGGAGCUCCGAACCUGGGGUCUUACGUGACAUCUCUGGGGCUCCGGUCUCCGAGGAGCCAUCAUUCGAGGAGUUGUGUGCCUCUGACUUGGGAGAAGAUGACUUUGGAAUGGAUCACUUCCUGGGAAGUUGCAAGCCGUCCGAGCGCAAACCGGUGCCGCUUGCUCGGACAGGCGAGCUUCUUGAUCCUCCAGAUUUCAUGGUCGAUGCCAACCAUGAGCAAGCACUGGACAAAAUCGUACGGUGGAUGAUCUCACCGGAUCCAUUGGACCGACCCACGGCCGACGAGAUCCUUGAGACAUAUGCCGUUCAAUUCACCGCGCACCGGCGUCGUGCUGGUGCUACCGUCUACGAGGGCAACUGGGGUCCCGCCGAUGAGAUCCUCGCAGAAGAUGCCGAAAUGAUCGAUGUUUAA